CUUAGUAUUCUGCUUUGACAUUGCUUGCAUUGUAGAGAAGUAAGAAAGAACUUGAACAUCCCAAUCCUGUCCCCUUCAGCUAUUAAAAGUUCAUUUCAGUGUGUUAACCGGCCAGCAGUAGUCAGCUUAACUUUAAUUAUAUGUAUUUUGGGAUGUGUGUGUGUGUAUGUAUUUUCAGCUGAUGAAAUUUUUUUACUGUCAUUUGUAACUGCAGAUAGAAAAAUGCACAUGUCCUGGUUUUAAACACUGAGAUCAAUAUUACAUAGAAAUUAUCAAGGUACUUAAAAAUUAUGUCAGAGGAUGUUAGUUAACCAUUUAGUGUCAGUCUGUGGUCCUCUGUUUCUUUUGCAACAGUUGAUUGUGUUGAUGUUGAAGAAGAGAACACCUUUUGCCACACUGUUAUGUCACUUGACCAAAUAUGUGGAUGGUAAUUAGAACAAAGGUAGCCACUUAUUCCUUAUCUGCUCUGCUGUUGUAAUUGACUGUUCAAGUUGUGGAGUAAGAUGGCUAUUUAAAUAAUCUGUGUGAUGGAUGUGAACAUCAUGAAAGCAAGUUAAUUUAUGUGUAUUUCUUAGUGGUCUCUCUUUUCUGUUCAGUAGUUCCCAUACUAAUAUCUGGCCCACAAGUCUUAAAUGCAUACUCUGAACAUGUACAGUGCUGUUUAUGUUACUGUUACGUUUUCAGAGCAGAAUCUGCAACUUUUUGUGUGAAAGAAGGAAAGUUUUAAAAGCUGCACUAAGGAAAAAGGAUUCUACAUAUGAAAAUGGGAGUAGUGGAUUUGAUAGUGUUCUUAAUGAUAGAAUUAAAGGAGUCAGUGCUUUGUAGAAAGUCCUGGGUCUGAUUAGCAAGACUCUCGGGGAGAGUUAUUGACUUCUGUGACAUUAAGUCUGACACCUCUCACAGUAAAUAAAGCUUCUAUCAGCAAAAGAGAAUGAGCAGCUUCUACAAGAUACAAUGACAGAGUAAAUAAGACAGACAUUUCUUGCUAUGUGACUGUAGCUUAUGGCUGUUGAUUUUCUUCCUGCACUUGUAGGUUCAGCUCUGCUGGGCUGGAUCUGCUGUCCGAUAAAAGGAGUGAGACACUUUCAGUUGACUUUAGGUUAUUAUCAGAUAAGGUCUGGAAAUGUUAAAGAUGGUUCUUUGGUGGCUUGUGCAUUUUCUCCCAAUGGAAAUUUCUUUGUCACUGGAUCAUCAAGUGGUGAUUUAACCAUUUGGGAUGAUAAAAUGAGAUGCCUGUAUAAUGAAAAAGCACAUGAUCUUGGUGUUACCUGCUGUGAUAUUUCUUCAAAUCCAGUAUCUGUUUUAUCAGAUAAUGAAAAUGAAUUCAAAUACUUCCAGAUGGCUUCUUGUGGACAAGAUAAUCAGAUCAAGCUUUGGUUUAUUUUAUUUGCAGAUUUCUUAGGUGUUAAAUUAAAAUAUAAAUGCACAUUGAAUGGACAUUCUGCCCCAGUUCUGGCUUGUGCAUUUUCAUACGAUGGGCAGAUGUUGGUGUCGGGGUCUGUGGACAAGUGUGUCAUAAUCUAUGAAACUAGUACUGGCAAUACCCUGCGUACUUUGUCUCAGCAUACCAGAUAUGUUACAACUUGUGCUUUUGCACCACAUAGUCACUUACUUGCCACAGGCUCAAUGGAUAAAACUGUGCACAUAUGGCAGUUGGACCUUAAGCAACCCUCUGCAGGAAAUACUGUAGAAACUGAAUCUCAGGUGGCUGUUGAGGACUGGUCAGAGGAUGAUGUUUCAGCCUGGCUCUGUGCACAAGAUUUAGCAGACUUUGUUGGGCUUUUCAAAAUGAAUAAUAUUGAUGGCAAGGAGCUACUGAAUCUUACUAAGGAAGGUCUUGCUAAUGAAUUAAAAAUUGAGUCUCUAGGCCUACGCAGUAAAAUUCUCCAGAAGAUUGAAGAACUGAGGAUGACAAUGAUCUCAGUUUCUGUUCCUGUCCCUGAUGAGUUCCUGUGUCCUAUAACAAGGGAGCUUAUGAAGGAUCCUGUCAUUGCAGCGGAUGGCUAUUCCUAUGAAAGGGAAGCAAUGGAACACUGGAUCAGCAAUAAGAGACGAUCUAGUCCCAUGACCAAUCUUCCCCUCCACUCCCUUAUGCUCACACCAAACAGGACACUAAAAAUGGCCAUCACUCGCUGGCUGGAGACUCAGCAGAAAUGUUGAACCACUUUGGAAUUCUGUGUAGCUAAAGGAACUAACUGUAUCAGGAACAACUGGGAAAAAAAGUUCUAUUUCUGGUCUAAUCUGUGGCUGUUUCAAAGAAAACCUUCACUGGUGGAAGCUCCCAGAAGAAGUUUUGGUUAUUUUUCCUUUGUGGUAUUUCUGUUCAAGAAAUGAAGUAAUAACAGUUUUUCAAAUAAAGUUUUCUUAAAAUUUUCACUACA